GCAUAAUAAAAUUCCAAUAUAUUCGACCGUACGCCUUCGCCCUGUCUUCGUUCUCGAUUGCGGAUCCUUAUCAAACAAGAAAAGUGACGUGAGCACCUCCAUCUGCCCCAUCUCCGACUUCAGGCGCAUUCGCAGCUUCGCAUUCGAAUCCAGAGCCCGGCCCAAAAGAUGAUGCGGAGAGAGACCUGGUCGCCAGUCGAGACAUACCCACACCCUGGCCAAGUGUUGGGCUUUAUUGGCCAACGGCCAUUUGAUGCUCAGCAGUGCGGCUCGGAUGAUGACACUGACCCACUGAUAGUCGGCCAGGCCAAAACCAGGGCCAUAACCCUGGCCACAAGCCCAGGCCAAGCCCAGGUCAGGAAGGCAAGGGCUGUGGAGAUGGGACUCACGAGUUCCCCUCUUGAGGCAGUGAAAGGGGAUGGAGCGGACCAUCGGCUGUCACAUCAAACUGGACAAAAGGAGGACUGGAAACUGCCAGCAGGUAUCAAGGUAUCCUCCUUCGGAUAGGAAAGGGCAAAGGCGGGUUUAUU